AGAGAGAGAGAACUCAGUGGGCAGAGAAGAGAGAAGGAGAGGGAGGGACAGGACAGGACAGCCCCGCACACUUGCUCCCUGCAGUCACCUCCGCCCAGAGCGCAAAGUAGCAGAGACUCUGCGGGCUCCGAGGAUAGAAACCUGGUCUCGGAAUUGCUGGUGGGACCCCAGGACUUGGAGGGACAGACAGAUCAGCGCAAGGACUGGCAACAGGAGACAGUGGCUACUCCCGAGAGAGGAGCGGAGCCAAGCCAGGACACCGAUCCCCCCCCCCCCACACACACACACCCUUCCUGGUGCGGACAGACUGACAGACAGGCAAACAGACAGCAGCCUGGAGCGGCGUGCAGGCUCUCUAGCAGCGACGACCUCCAAGAGUCCGGAGCGGCGACCACAGUCCGCCAGCCGCAGCCACGCGGCCCCCACCAGGGUUGUGUCUGAGCUGCGCUAUGACCCCUGCCUCCACGCCGAGGGCUCCUUUAGCUAGCAGUUAAACAAAUCGACCAAACAACAGAGGCAAGCUACAAACCAAACCGACCCAACCAAAGCAUUCACUGAGAAACAAUCAUUAUUCACAAAGCCCCAAACGAAAUCCAGUCAGUCAAGGCACCGGGACGCUGGGUAACUCCACUCUGUUCCUUCAGGCUGUCGACCAUGUGUCAAGCUGUGUAAGGAAACUGCCUGGAGAUGGGCACUCUGGACUGCUAAUGGGGACAUGGGACGGCGCUUACCUCUGAUCACUUGUGUGGAUUCUCCCGGUGCAGAAGGACAGAAGCCGCCAGCCAUUCAUCCAGAUCUACAGCUGGAAUUCUGUGUGGAAGGGUCUAAAACAUCGUUGUUUUAAUUUGCAUCUGGGAGAAUGUCUGAGCAAGGAGAACUGAACCCAGCCAUAGUGGAGGAAGGACGGACCGAGCCAGAGUCUGCCCCAGAAAAUGGCAUCGUCAAAUCUGAAAGUCUGGAUGAAGAGGAGAAGCUGGAACUGCAGCGGCGACUGGCGGCUCAGAACCAGGAGAGAAGGAAAUCCAAGUCAGGAGCAGGCAAAGGGAAGCUGACCAGAAGCCUCGCUGUCUGCGAAGAGUCUUCAGCUAGACCUGGAGGGGACAGUCAUCAAGAUCAGGAAUCAAUUCAUUUACAGCUUUCCAGUUUCCCCAGCCUGCAAGAGGAAGCUAAAUCUAGGAAGGAUGAUUCUGAGAAAGAAAAAGAAAAGGAUAAAACCAGAGAUAAGUCCUCUGAGAAACCCAAGAUCAGAAUGCUAUCAAAAGAUUGCAGUCAAGAGUACACGGAUUCUACAGGCAUAGACUUACACGAGUUCCUGAUUAACACGCUGAAGAACAAUUCCAGGGACAGGAUGAUACUCUUGAAAAUGGAGCAGGAAAUGAUUGACUUCAUUGGUGACAGCAAUAACCACUAUAAAAAGUUCCCCCAGAUGUCAUCCUAUCAGAGGAUGCUGGUCCAUCGGGUAGCAGCCUACUUCGGAUUGGACCACAACGUGGAUCAAACUGGAAAAUCUGUCAUCAUCAACAAGACUAGCAGCACCAGAAUGGAGACAUGAGUUUUGUGAAAGCUCUGAACUGGACACAGAAACCUUGCUUCUAAACCACUUCCUGCUGACUGUUCCACACAGCCUGCUGCAUUUGGUUUCUCCGCCUGCUGGAGUUUGAGCUUAACAGACAUCUCUGUUUUAGCCCUAAGAGAACAAUACUUGGCUUUUCUCAAGAUAAUCACUGUCUUUCAUCUUCAUGUCUUUCUUGUGUCCCUUUGAGUCAUCAAGAACAUUGUAACAGGAGAGACCAUUAGCCUAGAUGCUUGCAAUUGUCUCCUUUGAACCCAUGUAGAUUUCGAAUAGAGCUUAAGCCACUUCUUUAACAAAAGGUGUGGCAUCCUCAAAAAUAAAAAAAGGUAAAUCGUCUUUUAAAAGAGUAACUGUCUUCUUUUGGGGGUUUGAUAAGCAGUGAAUCACAUGGUCUUUGUGUCUGGAUGUUAGCGCAGGGCGCUUUGUGUUGAACGGAACUCUCGUGGUUAAACCAUUCUUUAUUGUCUGCUCACCACAGGUUAGGGUAAGUGGGGUGGCCUCAAGCGUUCUUAUCUCCUCAAAGAUCCACCAGAGCUCAGCAGAGGCAGAGACAGUUGGGAGGAGGAGCCCAGAAUAAGGAGCUGGGACCAAGAGUGGCUAUUAUCUCGGGACACUAAGUGCUUCAUUUUUUUUUUUCACCCUGAGUUUCAAAUUGCUUAUAUAUCCGUAGAACAGUUUGAAGUGGAUAACGUUUAAGGGCUCUUGAAGCUUCAGAAUUAUUGGGUCCCGCAGUUGCAUUCUACUGUGCUGGCAAAACACAUCUCAAAAUUUAGCAGCUUUCCACUUCAUCUGAUUGUUGACUCCGAUGCCUCCUGCUUUGACUGUCAUGGAAGGUAAAGGUCACAUCUUCGUUCUCCAUCAGAUGUGCCCAGCUGCUUUGGGUGUAUUGUUUAUCACUCUCCGUUCUAGGCCUUCUUGUGGCUUGCAGGUGCCAUGAAAUAGGGACAGACUCACUGAGAACAAAGGAGAGAGGCGUUUCACUUCCUCUUUUAAUUGGUCCUUUGUAUUUCACUCUGAGGCCAUGGGAAAUGUGGAUUGGUACACAGAUAGAGCAAAUUAAGCCUGGUGGAUUUAUGACUUGUCAAUGGUAGAUCUGUUAAUGGUUACAGUGGCUUUACAGUGCCAUAUUCAUGAAUGCCAGUCCAGGUUUGCGCACUAGUUGCUGGGGGAUAUGGAUCCUCUGUAAAUAUUCCUGAUAGAUGCUUAGCAAAGUUGCCUUUUCCAUGGUGGAAUAGCUGUAUGACUAUUUACAUUCAAAUUUACCCUCAGUUGGAAUUUUCAAGUUCAGUUUCUUUGUCAAGUUAGUUACAGUUCAAUUGCUUACAGAGUUAGGGCACAUCUAGAACAUUUCCAUGACUCCAGAAACUUUUGAAUUCUUCAGCAGAUCCUUGUGUUUCCAUCAAGUUCUCCAGCAUCACUGCAGGAGACAAUCUGUUUUUAAGGUUUCCAUUAGCUGACUAACAGAAAUCCCAUCGCAAAACCUCUUCUCUUCCAGAGAAGCAUAAGCUUUGGUCACUUUUAGAAAGUUUAGUGUGUGUGUGUGUGUGUGUGUGUGUGUGUGUGUGUGUGUGUGUGAGUGUGUGUGUGUGUGUGUGUGUGUGUGUGUAUGCUCGAAUAGGUAUGUGUCUAUCUAUGUGAACCAAAUGAAUGCAGUUGUCCAGUAUGGGUACUGGGAGCUGCAUUGCAGAAGUAGCACGUACCCACUAAGCCAUCUCUUUAGACCCCAGCUUUGUUUUUUUCUGGGGCAUUGUUAAAUAGACCGUGCAUGCUUAUACCUUCAGGAAAGUGCACAGUGAGCAUGGGCAGACAGCACCUCUUGAAGGGUUGGUGACUACUUUUGGUGGCAGCAGCAACAAAUUUUGUCUGAUCACCCCAUCUUCUCUCCAGCCUUCUGCCAUCCUUCCAUGAGUCAAAUCAUGCCCAACCCCACUAUCAGCUGUGUAGUUUCUAGUUAUCAGCUCAAGCAUCCAACUCUCUUGCUCCGUCCCAAACACGGUAUGUUUAACCUUCAGUGAUUUAAGUGGCUCUUAAGGGGUGGGGCACUAGUGGUAGAGUUUGAGGGUGAACUGCUACCUCCUUACAAAGGGAACAAAAAGGAAAGGGGAUGAAAUAAAGGUUAUUUCAAAUAGUAGCAUAUUGCAAUUUUCAAGACGUGCAUCAUGUUAGCAGUGCCAGCAAAGCCUGUUGUUCAUGAGUGUUUAUGUAUGCUAUAGCUGUCUACUGAACUUAAAGGCAGAAAAGGACCAUUCUCUUCACAGCGCUGUGUUGAAGAUCUAGGUGCCUUGAUGGUUUCAGCCACCAUUUAUUUGGGGAAGUUUGAAUUCUCCACAAACACGAAGACUUUCCUUGCCAAAGCAACCGAUAGUCAAUCAGAGCCAGGCUAAUCUUGACAUAUUGUUGGAUUGAAAUAUAUUGAAGGGAGAUAUCUGGGAUGGUCCCUUGUAAGUGCUGUGUUCAAGGAGUACUUUUCCAAUGUGUUCAGGUUUCUGCUGCUCCCGUGCAAUCCCUGAAAAUACGUAUUUUAAUUGUCAUUGUGGCUUAGGAAAACAGAUCCAGAAUGCAAACUGUUUGGAUGAAGUAUGGAAAUGAGAUAAAAAGUUAAGAAAGAAAAAGACUCUCUUUUUUGGGGGAUGAGCAGCUUUUCUGUGUAACUGCUCUGGCUGUCCUGGAACUCACUCUGUCGACCAGGCUGGCUUUGAACUCAUAGAGUCAGCCUGCCUCUGCCUCCCCAGUGAUGGGAUUAAAGGCAUGUACCACCACCCUGAGAAAAGCAUUCUUUAUGUUGACUUGCUGAUUGUUUUUCUUCAGUGACUCCUUGUAGCUCUGUAAGAUACUCCGAUAACAGAGAUGCUUACACUGGCGCCAUGGCCUCAGUCACAGCAGAGUGUCAGCAGCCUCUGUCUGCCUUGGCUUUCCAGAUGAGGAGUGGUUUAAGACAUUCCAAACAGUGACUUGAGACUGUUAAGUUUUUCACAGAAAGAAAUAGUUCUAUAUGAAAUUCAGACUACUUAGGUCAUAAGGUACAAUCCCUGAGUACCAUAUGGAAGGAUGAAUGGCCCCUCUCUGCCAUUCUCGGUCAUACCCUCAGUGAUCAUCCAUCAGCUCACCCUUGAUGGAAAGAACCAGUCUCAGGACAUAUUCCUGAGUGAGUGAACUGAUACCAUCUCCUACUUAGAAUCAUGGCACUUACUAUGUGUUCAUUGUGCCCUACACUUCAAUUCUUGGUUUAUGUAUAUCAUCACAUCUAAUCGUACAAAGAGAAUUUCAGUUUGGGGCUUUCAGAGAAAGAGCAAUGAACAGGACUCAGAUCUAAACCAGUGAGUAUAAUUUGAUGAUUGUUUCAAGCCAAACCCUCUCAACUGCUAAGCCAAGUCCUCAAGAUGUGUGAGUGGAUUAGAUAGGGAUUCCAACUGCUUAAUUCCUCUGUUAUCUGUUAAAAAAUAGGAAUUAAAGAGCUGUUAUUUUAAAGAUGUUUUGAAGACUUACUCACUGUUAUAAGUUAUCAUAAGAAUUUUUCUUUAAUUUGAUACUCCUUGAUAAAUAUUUCAAAUUUGUCACUACUAACGCGUGUGGUUUAUUGAAGGAGAACAACCAUGAGUCAUGUUUAGCAAUCAUGUUAGUAUAGAAGAUGAAUCUACUCACUGUGCUCUUACAAAACCUGUGCCCUCAGUAGCUAUAGAUUCUCAUCAGAGGCACAGGAGCCUCUGCUCCACAGGCAACAAGAAAACAGGAUGGAGAGGGUUGGAGUAAAGUCACUAUAGGUUUUGUAUUAAUUCUUUCCACGCUCUUGAGAUCCCAGAGAACAUGUGGCUUUGUAACAGAGAGGCUGGGCUCUCAAUGCCUGUGCAGUAGACAAAACUGAGGGUAAGCAACACUCAGAUAAAUGCAGGAAGAGAGGAUCCAUCCAUUGCAUCUAAACAAACCUAAGCUAAUAUUUCACAUUUGUUGAGGAGUGACAAAGAGCUGAGCUUUCUGCAGAGAUGGUGGCAUCUAGUUCUUAUAGCCAUCUAACAAAAGACUAUUUUAAAGGUCACGCUAGUGCCUGGAGUGGAGAGGAAAUCUGCUGAGAGGGAGAGAGGGUGUCAGCCAAGGUUAUGUGUUAACCUCUGCCAUCAGGAGUCUAACUCAGAUCCUUUGCCCUCCAGGUUUAGGACUUUGCAGUGGUUCUCUGCUUCACAGAACAUCACUGGGACAUCCACCAGAAUGUUAUCUAAAGGGGGGGACCUUGACAAUAGCGAGCCCUUUAGAAUGCAAGUGUUGAUAGGUGAGCUUGAUGCUUUAGGAAGGACAGUCUGCUGUUAACAAGUAGGAUGAGUUCAAGAGAGGAAUAGUCAUAGUGAUGGGAAGGCUUGGCCAAACUUUCCUGUCUCUGAGUUGUAGGGCUAGAGUUAGGAAAAAAUAGAGAAAGUAGGGAGUUACCAUGGAGUUCUUGUGGGAGACAGUCCAAGAUGGCGCUGUCAUCUGAGUAUAAAAUAAUCUUGGCCUGUAGUGUUGCAGAUUUUCUAAGCUCAGAACUAACCAAGAAAGAACAGGUGAGAAUAUGUGACCAAUUGCCUCUAGGUGUAAUUUACAGGGAGGCCUCCUAUGAUAAAUGUUAUGAUAAAACACAUGGGGGACCUUGGAGGACCUCAUGGCAGGCGUUGGUGACCUAGAGGGACAAAUAUGCCAGGCAGACAGAACUUAAGUGAGAAGUUUUACUAGAAAGAGGAGGGAGGGAAGGAAAAAGAGUUAAAGAGACACAGAGACAGAGAGAGGACAGAAGAGAAGAGGGAGACAGGAAAAGACCUGCCUGCCCCUGGGGACAGCUGGAACGAGAGAGUGGAAAAAGAGAGGGAAACAGAGAAAGAGAGAGUGGAAGGAGAACAGAAGUGGGUGAGCCUUUCUUUUAAAGAUCUGAAGUACAUACACCUUCCAUGGACAGGUGGCUGAGAGCUGGGGCCAGGUGAGCCUACAUUACAACAAUAAUUGUCUGACUUUUGCUUAAAACAGCAAUUUCUUUGUUUGCGAUAAGACCCUAUGUUUUUGCAGUUGCUGUUAUUCUUGUUUUUUCACAUUCAAUUGGUUCCAUUGCCCUGUCCCUCUGAAUUGUGACAGCAAAACAGCUUAUUCUCCAGCAUUUUGCAUUUCUCACUACUGGAUUUCUGGUUGACUGUCAGAAUUUGGUGUUGUCGUCCACUGAAAAUCCAUGAUGCGGACACUAGGGUCUAUGAUGCUUGACUACCACCGGAGAUUUUACAAUAUUGCUUUUAUUCUUCUGUGGUGUUUGAGAUUGAACCCAGAAUCUCAUGUUUGCUAGGUAAGAGCUUUGCUCCUGGGCUAUGGCCCCAUCUCUAGUCUUUUUCUUUCUUCAUAGUGUUAUUUUUGUCUUCAGACAAGAACUUACUCUGCAGCCCGAGCUGGACUUGCGUGUGCAAGCCUCAGCUUUUCAUGUAGCUGGGAUCAUAUCCAUGAGACUCCAUCCCAGAAUAAUGUUACAUUUUUGGAGAUUUAGGUAGAAGACUAAAACUCUGAAAAUGAUUUUGUGAAGUUUUCUGUUACAAGCCUGUCCUGUUAAAUUAGAAGCUUCACACUUUGUCUCUCAAUCUCCAUUUUCUCUUUUAAUUAUUUUUCUAUAUUUAGCACAAAGAUGUUCAUUGCUCUUUUUAUGAAGGGUCCCUCAUGCCCCCUUUUUAUUUCCUUCUCCUCACCUUCAUCCCAGAGAAAGAAUGUAGAUCUGGAGUUCACCAUUUGGAGACUGGAAACCAUCUGCUUACACUAACAUUCACCACAAACAAUGAGAUUAUUACCCAUGCAUACCUGAAUAUCUUUGCAUAGUGCAGAUCAACUCUUAACUCUGAUAAUUUUCAUGUUAAAGGGCUGUCAUAUCUUCAACAAUUUCUGUUUCAUCUUUUACAUCCACCCACUCUGCUUGCCUCAAAUUCCCUACCCUUAAGAGUACAGAGCGAGCCUGGCAACAGCAAACGCAUUGGAGAAUAGUACUUCCACUCUCCACAAACCAUGAGACAGGGGUAAUCUGAAUCACUCGGAGGAUUUCCAUGAGCUGAAGUCCAGCCUGGAGUACACAGUGAAUUUCAGACCAGGUUGGCUACAAGAGAAGUUUAAGGGUAGCCUGGGCUACAAAAUGAGCCCCUGUCUCAAAAACAAAACAAAACUAUACAAACAAAAGCUUAGGAUCCAACCGCAGGAUACUUGAGGUGUGUGGUGAGGAGUGAUAGCUUCAGAAGACAGUUAAAUGAGACAUCUAUUCCCGAAAUCACAAACAAUGAAGCCUGAUUUAACUAGAGACAUUUUCUCAAGAAGGUGAUGAGCAUGAGAUGAAGGGCCUUUGCUAAAUCCCUGAAGAGAAGGGUCAUUACUGAACUUUCCACCAUCUCAGGGCACAGACCCGGGACAGAGAGGCUGAGCACAGGUGAAGGACCACACGAUCUGCUGAUGCACUGAAACUUAACUGUGGGGAUGCUUGGGUAUCCCCAAUGGGGAGUUUCAUCCCCCCCAGGUGACUGUGUUUUUACUGAAGCAAAACAAAACAAAGAACAGACAUGGGCUUUCUCCCAUGUUAUGUCCUUGGUUGAGAUCUGUAAGGUGCAUGCUGAGUUCACACUUACUUGAGGCCUCUACAGAGGACCAAGCAUCCAUCUAUUUAAGUGCAUCUUGGAGUGGUUGGCUAGCAUCCUGCCAUUUCUAAACAUGGUGAAUCUAUCGUUAGCUUUCUAUAUGAAUGGUGUUGCCAAUCAUCUGACCAGAACACAGAGAUCAGAUGCCUAAAAAUGCAUUGCUCUCAGUAAAAUUAUGAGGCUUGUGGACUGAACAUGUUCCACUUCCUGUUCCUCAUCUGAUUGGUAAAGAUGCUGUACUGUUUGGAUACUUUUGUCUAUUGUUCAAUGAUAGAAUCAGAACCAUUAACAUAGUCAUCUCCCUAAACAUUUACCCUUUCUUUGGGAAGACACCUAGGUUCUUAAUCAUCUCUUAAACUCAAACACAGAGCUGUUUGUUGACUUUGGUUAAAUUCUGUGCCAUUUCCCUGAAGCAUUGUGUGGUCUACAUAGUAUUGUCUUCCUUUUUCCUCUGAGAGUAAAAGAUUCUGUGCAUGAGAGGAAGAUCACAGAAACAGACGGCAAGGAGGAAGGAAGACACAUUUAUUUUGUACCCUUUUCCAGUUGUAUGGUAGUUCACUGUUGAAUUUUGGAAACAAAGUGAGCACACACCUUGAAUACAGAUAGAAUCUGUACUAUGAUUAUUUUAGGGAGCUUUUAUGUGACACGGUGAUGCAUCCAAGGGGUAUAUUUAUUUAUUUGACUGUUUAUUCACUUAGCUCUAAGAAUUGUAGGAUGUACAGUCAGUCCAUCUUGUAGGAGAGGAACCAAAGCCCAAGGCUGUCUUACCAUGGUCAAAGAUCUGGAGCUCCUGCCUCUCAGCUCUUAAGCUUUCAAAGGUUAUGGGGAGAAGAAUUACCAUUCAUAGAAUCACUAGUGUCAAGUUAUGAUGAAAAGCAAGGAGAUAAUUAAGCAGUAAUCUUUCACUGCUAUGCAUUGGUUCACUUUCAAAAUCCUAAUUUGCAUUUGAUUAUUUUUAAAGCUGUGCAGAGGGAUUUGGAGACAGCUCAGCCAGUAAAGUGCUUGCUGUGCAAGCAUGAGUACCUGAGUUUGAGCCCCAAGAUGCACAUAAAAAGUCAGGCUUGGUGAUGCAUGAUUGUAGUAUCAAAACUGGAGAUAUAGAGACAGGAAGCUCACUAAGUCUCAUUGGCCAGCCAGCCUGGCCAACUUGGAACUUUUCAGGCUUGUGAGAAAUCCUGUAUUUAAAAAAAAAAGCAACUAAACAACAACAACAAAAACCCAAGAUGGAUCACGUGCAGAGGAAUGGAACCUGAGGUUGACCUCUGACCUACAUACACACAUGCACAUGCAAAUGGACCACACAUACACAUGCACACACACACACACACACACACACGCACACCAUACUUAAGCAUACAUAUAAAAAUGUUAAAGAAGCCCAAAUAAGGACUGUUAACUUUAAAGUAGAUGGUAUAAACUAUGAAUUGUCUCAGCACACUUACUAGUAAACCUUAUUUCAUGUACUUAAAAUAUGUUAGGCAUAAGUAGUUAGGCUCUGGCUAAAGUCUCAAACUGCAGAGACGUUUAAUGCAGAUAGAAGGAAUAGGCUCAAUACUGACUGAGGGCUAUAUUCACCUACAGCAGUUGUGCCUUGAAUGACUUUAGAAAACACUUGAAGAUGAGAGUGUCAGAGGAUGUGGAUGUUACAGUAUGCUACAAUGCUCGGUAGACUCUUCAAACAAACUGGAGUCUGCCAAAAGAAAUGAGCACAUACAAAAUAUUUAAGCCCAUGACCUGGCUUCUUCCUACGCCAGUCCCUUCCAGAUCCCACAGUGAACACGGAGGAACACAACCCCCAACUUCCCAGUCUCUCAUCUCUGCCCAAUCAUUCAAACCUGUACAAAACAGCAAGCAAACAAAAAAUCUUUAUCAACUGAAUCACAAUGGCAAUUCUUCACUGGUGCAAGUACAAUGUUUACCUGCAAAUUUUAAUGGGCUAAUUCACCCAGAUAUUAUCACAUACAAACAAAAACCAUUCAUUCCAAAAAGCACAAUUUACUUUUCAGUUUUCAAGGACAGAAUUAUUUUCAUAAACUACUGACAGGCCCAUUUGGACACUCAUGAUUCAAACAUUAUACAAAUAUUACCACACAGAUUGGAUCUAUCAUAAUAUUAUCACUAAGUCUGAUGAGAAUGUAAGGUAAAUAUUUCUUGGUUUACUCUGGACUGAGGGAAUGCCUCAGUGGGUAAAGACACUUGCUGCCAGGCCUUAGAAGGACCCACACAGUAAAGUGGGAAAACCAACUCCUAUACCACACACACACACACACACACACACACUAAAUGAAAUAUAAUAAAACUUAGAGUAUAAUUUAUUGACAUGCCUACUAAUUUUGCCUAUUCAUAAACUGUAGACAGUAUAAUAAAAUGUUCUAACUGUUAUUUUGAUCCUCACUAGUACCAGGUAAAGCACUUCAGGGUAUAAUAAGAUUUUCUAACUGUUAUUUUGAUCCUCACUAGUACCAGGUAAAGCACUGCAGGGUUUACCAGGAUUGCUUGCAUGUAUUCAUCUCUCCUUUGCAUGCUAAAGCACACAUUAUAUUUUUUUCAAUUUAUGCAACAAAACAAAUGAGCAGGACUCCUCCUUCAUGGACAUUGUAUAAGUUGUCAAAAAAAAUCACAGUCAAUAAGACAGAUUGAAAAGACUCAGUAUGUGUUAGGCUUAUUUUUCAGUGAUGUUCGUAUGUUAAAAUCAUUUUAGUAUUAAUGAUUUCCUGCAGUAAAUGAUCAUUUCUUCUGCAGUUAUUAACACAUCUUCCAGAAUUUGUUUUAGGGAAUGGAAAUUAGAGUCAUUGGAUAUAUUAAUACAGCAAUAUUUUAAGAAUAUGUUUAUUAUUUUUUUGAGAAUUUCAUGCUGACUGGUUUUAUGUCAGCUUGAUGAAAGCUAAAGUCAUCUGAGACAGGGAACCCGGAUGGAGAAAAGCCUCCUUAAGAUCAGCCUUCAGGGACAGUCUGCAGGCAUUUUCUUAGUUAGUGGUUGAUAGGGAAAGCCCAGUCUGUUUUGAGUGGUGCCACUCCCAGCUGGUCGGUAUGGUGGUCCUGGGUUCUAUAAGAAAGCAGGUUGAGAAAGCCAUGUGGGAACAAGCCAGUAAGUGGCACCCCUUCAUGGCCUCUGCAUCAGCUUCUGCCUCCAGGUUCCUGCAAUGUUUGAGUUCCUGUUCUGACUUCCUUGGAGGAUGAACAGUAAUGUGCAAGCCAAAUACACCCUUUCCUCCACAAAUUGCUCUUGGUCAAUUGGGUUUCAGUGCAGCAAUAGAAACCCUAACUAAGACAAAUUUCAUACAAUGUAAUUUGAUCAUAACCUCAAGUUCCUCCCCUUUACUCCUCGAGUCUUUAUAUAAUACAGAACUAGAUGGGCAAGUUACACUCAGGGUCUAGGCACCUUGUAAGUUUAUUACCACUGAGAAAAAGCUGAGAAUUAGAAAACUUUCGAUAAAUCAAUAUGAUAGAACCGAAUAAGAAUGUCUCAUUAAUGAAGUGUUGGAAGGAACAGCAUGUAGGUGCCACAUGCUGAGGAGUGUGUAUCCUCAGGGCAGAAGCUGUGAGAGAGGAAGGACAAGUAUGUUGAAGCAUGUAUCACAUGUGUGGGUGGACAUUAUAUGGUUGGUUCAUAGGUUUAUUUAAAAAACAUCAUUGAGGUUUUUGAAAUAUAAAAAAGCUAAAGUAAUCUUCAGCAAAUCCUGAAUCUGAUCCAACAGCCUAAACCUAAAAUUGACAAUUAUUCUGAUGAGACCCUGUCUUUGCAGAUUCUUUGGUACUUAUGGGAUAAAAGUGUAGGAAUGGAUGUAUAGUUUCAAGAACAUAGGUGUGCAUUGCCUUUUUAUCUGAAGAUAGUAGUAAACAACAUUUCAUAGGCAUUGCAUAUCAAAUCGUUCAUGGGUCACUUUUGAAGGACAUUUUCUUUCUGUAUUAUAGAUGUUAUUUUCCAUUUGUGCAAACCCUUGUUUUAUAUGUAAAUUUUAAGAAUGAUACCAGUGCCCUUAAGCUCAGUGAUUGUAUCCCUGUUUGGCUGUGUUGAAACUCCAUGCUCAAUACAGUUCAUGAAUAGCUAGCCACACAAACUAAGAAUACCACAUCAGGUCUUAACUGUAUAUGAUUUACUUCCCUUUUAAAUUUUUAUAGUGUCUGUCUUAUCCCCUUAAAUCAUCUUCUAUAUUAUUGUUUUGUCUUCUUUACAACACACACACACAAGAUCUUCUUGGUGAUUGUUAACAUUUUCUCAUUAUCAUUUUGUCAUUGGUAAAAUUUCUACCCAUACAAAUCAAGAAUAACAUACCAAUAAACAUGGAAAUCUUGCAGUAUGAGAUGAGUUUUCAUGUACUAGAGGGUCUUAGUGUAAGAAAUGUUACUGGGGCAAAGAGCAAAAUUUAAUCUUACAUUUCUAAAACCAUGCAGUAUAAUAUAAAAAUUAAGAAAUAAUUUGACAAAAUAAACCAUUUAAAUCCCCAGUUCAGCAGAUUAUUAAAUAAUACAUUCAAUGAAAGAAUAAAAUAUUCAUAAUAUAAGAAUAAUUUUAUAAUCCAAUGAUUUGGUAUGAGUCACUAUUAAGUUGCUGAAUUGUUUUGUUAUCUGUCUGAGAUAAUAGCUUUCAUUAUUUUCUUGCUAUAAAAUAAUGUGUAAUUACUAUAAUCAUACAUUCAUAAAAGAUUAGAAGGUGAGAAGUAAAGCUGCCUUCUGCUAACAAUAUUACUGUUGCCAUGUGUUAUAGUUUGAACAUCAGCAUAGUCAAGUUGCAUUUGUAUUUUUAUACAGUGUCUUUACUUACUGUUCAGUAUUAUUGGAUAUUGUUUUAGAGGACUCCAUGUUACUAUAACAUACCUCAAAUUCCUUAUGCAAUACGGAAGAUAUCUUCAUUCUUCUGUUUUUGUGGGAUGGAAUUCGGUGUUUAUUUACACCCAUUUCCUUUGGAUUCAUUCUUAGAAAUAGAAUCCCAUUAUCUAGGCAAAUUGACACAGCUUAGUUUUUCAUUCAUAUAGCCCAGUAUUUUUACCAAAGCAAAAGGACCAUCUUAAGAGUCUUGCAGACUCAGGUUGCCUUGGAAUGUGUUGCUAAGUGUCAUUUGUAGCUGUCGACAGUAAAGAAGAACCACGGUCCCUUGUUAGCCUGCAUGUCCACUAGCACUUACCCAUAUUGAAGAACUUGGUGGAAAAUGGUUAGCGAGAUAGUUUGAGCUAUAAAACGGUCCUCACACAAGCAGGAGAAACUGACUUUGGAUCUUCAGAAGCCAAUAAAAAGACAGGCAUGGCUCCGUACCUAUAGUCUCAGUGUUGGAGAGCAGCAGUCUGAAGGAUCUCUGGAGCUUGCUGGCUAGUAAGCCAAAUGGGUGAGCUCCAAAUGCAGUGAAAGGGAUGAUGUCUCAAAGUACAAGGUGGAGAGCAAUUGAAGGAGACACCCAGUGUAUACUGUAACUCUGGCCUCCAAAAAAACAUGUACACAGGUAUACAUGUAACCUUCCACACAUGGAUACACAUGGACAUGUAUAUGCACACACUAUACAUACAUAUAAAAGAAAGAAAAUGGUUUUUCCAAAACAUGCAAAAUUCUAAGCACAAAUUUGAAAGAUUAUAAUAAUAAAAGAUGUAAAAUUGAUUCAGUCUGUAACUGACCUGAAUGUGAUCCCUAGACCUCACCUAGUGAAAGAAGAGAAAUGACACCUACAAGGUUAUCCUCUGAGCUCCACACAGGCGCUGUGAUACACAGGGCUAUUCCCAAGACAAUAGCAAAGAAAUGCAAAAUAUAUACAAAGCUAAUUAAAAACACGUUCACUUCCUAAAUUACAGUAUAGUAUCAUUUAAAAGGAAAUGAAGUGGAAUGACAUGACAGACUGAUAUGGGAAAUAGUGAAAUAUUAUUCUUCAAUAAAGGUGCAGGGUUUGUUUAUUUAUUUUCAGUCAAAGAUCCACUGCUGUGAGCAUUUUAAUCGAAAUGUUCACAGUUUUCUUAGGUUUAUUUGUAUUUAACAAAUCAGAAUCAGAAUACUAUUCAUUUCACUGUCCAGCCAAUCUCUCCCUCUGAGCACUAUUGAGAUCUAUCUCCCAUCAGUCGCACUUUUCCUGUGGUCUAGGUGACAUGCCAAGGUCUCUGUUUACCCUACUUCCACCACCGACUGUCACCCCCACCUCCAUUCAGUUCUUCCUUUCUGUGUAGGAAGGGAGGGUAAGAAUCAGCAGGACUAUUUGGAAGAAGAGUGACAAGUUUUGUGGUAAGAGCCUAAAAGUGAGACCAAACUGUUUAAAAUAUUUAAAGAUAAGCCAAAGAUUCAAAACAAUAGUAAUAAUGAAUGUCCAUUUCUCUUGAGGAAAAAAAAUUUAACCAAAAUGAAAUUUAUUGAAUAGAAAAGAGAUUUGAUAAUCUUCAGUACAACCCUUUCUUCCAUGAGUUCCAUAUAAAAAAGGAGCACCGUAGAACCAGCUUAAAUAUUCAUUUUUUUUCCAGAGAGGCCAAGAUGCAGGCCUAUUCACUAUACAGAAGUAGUGUGUCCUAAUGCAGGCCUAUUCAGUCACUAUAUCUCAGCAGUGUAUGCUAUGGACUUGCAGCAGAGUCUGCUAUAUGUGCUACAGAUUGUGGAAAAACACAUUUUUACCUUGAGAUAAGGAAGCUAUUACUCAUCUAAAAUAAGCAUUAAUUUUAUUUCCUAUGCAUUUUGGCAAUGGUAUAUAGAAAGGUAGACAUGAUACCUCAUGAAGCAAAUUGAAAAAAAAAAAACAAAUUGAACCAGAAUGAUACAUGUCCAUAAGGUACAUAGCAAAGUUCACUUAUCAUCAUUUAAUAAAAGCAUGACCUGUUUUAUAGUUUUGAGAAUUGUUUUUGAAUUGCAUUCCUGUAUUCACAGAUUAAAAGUAAUUCAUUACUAUUUGAAAUACUAUUCCUAAAUGCAUUAUUUUACUAUUGUUCAUCUUAGGGCUUGAAAUGUUCAAUUAGAUGUAAAAGUGAUUUUUUAAAUAGCUGUGAUACAAUGGCCCAUUGUCAGUAGUUUUAAUUCAAUUACUGUAGUAUUUCAAUUUGUACUUUUGUUAGCUUAAAAGUCAUGAAUAGUUCUACAUAAAACUAACCUGGAAAAAAGUCUUACUACACUUGCUUAAUUAUUUUUAAACAAAUUUCAAAAUUACCUUAUGAACACUUUAAAUAUUUUUCAAGAAACCUAAGAGGCCUAAUAUUUUUCUAACUUUUGAAAAUAUAAAAAAGAUAACUUGUAAAUCAGUCACUGAGAAUGCAGUUUGUAUAUUUUAUAUCAAAUAAUGAAAUAUUAUUAACAUUUAUGUUAUGAGCAGCUACACUACUUCUGAUUAAAUUUUAUCAUGCUAUCAAAGUAUUUUUCACACAUGCAUACAUAUAUGUGAUAUAUGUUGCUAUACACAAUAGCACUAUGACAAAAUGGGAUUUCAGAAGGAACUCUAUUACACUUUACACAAAGAUACCCUUGGAAUAGGAGCCCAAAAGGAGAAUUGAGAUUUCUUUCCUACCCAAGAAGCUCAGACUUUUGUAAAAGAUUUUAAUGAUUAAUAAACAUAAAUUCAAUGUUUAAUGAUCAUUCUGUUUUCGAUUUGAAUUUGUGCUCCUGUGAACCAAACUCUCCAAUGUCCUGCUCUAUAAUUACAGAAAUUAUAACCUUAUAUCUGACUGAGUGACUCUUGGUCAGUCCCUGAGCUAUAACUACUUGUACACAGCUUGGCUAAAUUGUCACUCAUCCAUAAAUUGAUUGAUUCGUUCAUUAAAUUGAGUGUUUUCCUAGCACCAGGUUUGGAUAUGGCCACUAAGGAUUAAAGCUUGUAAGGAAACAGUGUCCAACCCACGUAAACCAUCUGCCAGCUAGCAUUCUCAGUUCUCACUCAAAUACAUUUUUUCUUAAAGGAAGAAAUUAGGCUAAAUAAAUUCACCUUGUGUUUGUGACUCAAAAUAUUCAUGUUCUCAGGUCCUCUCAUUUGUGUGUGAAUAUCAACAGACUAUUAGAAAUAAAAACAAAAAGGAUAGCUGCAAAUUUAGGCAAAUAAUUUCACUUAUUAGGGCUUAGAAGACUAGGGCCUGAGGAUAUCAGAAGAGACUAAUUAACAUUGAUAUGAUGUAAUUAACAUUUAUAUAAUCAGCAUCUUUAAGUUAGCAUUCUUAUUUCAAUUGCUAUGGAGGGGGAUAAUAUAACAGUCAAAGAAGUGCUGGUCCAGAAUUCCAAAACAGUAAAUUAUUUGGGGGAGCUGUCAUUUAUCCAAACUAUAACUGAACAUGUUGCUAUCGUAAGAACUUUCUGUACAGUAAGGAACCCAUGCAUAUGCUGACUACCCUGCAUCAAAUGUGUUCAUUCCUCAUGUCCUAUUUCCACUUCCAGAUCAUUUGUUAUAUUUUAUCACAUUUUAAUUUUGGUGGAAAAUGUUCGCAUUGAUUAUCAAGAUGCUGUGAUGAGGCUUCUUGGUUCUUUAAGCUGAGGGGUGAGAUCCUCCAAGACCUUACCUCCUGCCCAUUGUGCACUGUAGAGUCAAGAGGGACAGCCUCCAAAACAAUACAGAGAGACCCUGUCUUGUAAAAACCAAAAAAAAAAAAAAAAAAGAGGGACUGCCUGCACCACCACGUCUGUGGGGAUGUACUUACGCUAUUUCAAGGGCAAAUCUACAGUUAUGUAAUCAAAUUAAUCACUGAGGGAUGUUCUCCUCAUCUAAAAAAAAAAAUCUCCUUCUGCAGCCCACUUUUCCCAACGGGAUGGGACAAGAGGGUGGCAUCAUUUUAGAAACCUUGUGCGGUGCAGCUGGCACCAGCCAAGCUUCUCUCCUCUCGCCGGCUGGUCACCGCUGUUCUAACACAUGGAGAGGUGUUGAGGAGAGGGUGAUCCUCAUUCUGACUUGAAUUAGACUCUUGAGUCAUUCCUUUGUCACUAAAAUGCUGUUUGUAAUGGAAAUUUUUCUUAAUUGCUGGUCACCCACUAUAGAGCACAGCCACUAUGAAGUGGCUUCCUUUGCCUGUGAUGCCAGGAACCCAGCAUGGUCAGGAACUCUAGAAGCAGUGAGACAGCUUCUCUUAACCCAGAGACAAACACUUCAACAUGUCCUCUGUGAUGAUCCCAAGCCCCAACUCAUUCGUGUAGUUUAGGGUGUGUGCAGUGCCAAUCAUGGGGAACUAACCUGUAAUAAUUAAGAGAUUUGGCAAAAUCAAUUGACCAGUUAGUAGUAUGCAACUACUUAGAGCCUUCCCUUCACAACAAUCAGCUAAUAAUUUGUUUAAACUAAAUAUCAUCAGCUUUUCUAAUUACUGACCUGAUUUAGAAGGCAUGGACCAGAAGGUCAGGGGCUAAAGAAGCCAGAUUCCAGAGCAUUUAUUUUUGGGGAGAAGAAAAAUAGCUUGAAAACAAAACUCUCAGUGUGGACUCCAAAGACUCUCAGCAUGUGUGGGUGAAAGGCAGUCAUCAUGUGUGGGUGACAGGACAGAUCAUGUUUUAAGCAUGUAUAUUGAGCUAUGCCUGGUGGUACAACCUGCAAUUCUACCCACUUAGGAGACUGAGGCAGGAGGCCAUUGACCCAUGACCAGCUUGAGCUACAAAGUGAGUUCAAGACCAGCCUAUGCAAUUUGGUGAGACCAAGGUCUCAAAAUUAAAAGGAAAAGGAGGGCUGGGGAAUGCAGCUCACAGUUAGAGCCCUUGUGAGAACCCCCAGAGUCAAUCCCCGAUAUCAGAGAAAUACAAACAUUAAAAAAAUAACUUCCUAUUUGCUUGAGGAUAUGUGUGGGGGAUUCACGUAAGUGGGGCCACACAAGGUCAAAACAGCUAAGGAAAACAUGGAAUCACUACGUGUGCUGGGAGCUUUAACUGUUUCUGUAAGUUCAUCCCCGAUGAUGGGCGUGCAGCAGCAAGACUCUGCAUUGGAAAUAACAAAAGGUAUUGUAAUCCACGUGAAAAGUGACAUGUUAUGACCUACCUGUAUAAGGUCAGCAAUUCUAAUUCCACAACCAAAUAUAAAGCCCUCUUCUCUCUCUUUCAAGUUAAAUGCCACUGUGUGUGUGGGGGGAACACACUAAGAACUAAGCUUAAUCAGACGGGAGAAAAAUACUUUUUUAUUGAUAUGUUUUACUUUGCUGGCAGACCAGAGCAAAGGUUUUGUGAACAUUUAAAA